CCGAGUCAAUCUGGCAGCCCGAGUCAAUCUGGUACCUACAGCGGCUCACUUGACCGCAUUCUCAUUCCUCCGUUCUCUGCCAGAUCAUUACAAGCUACCGUACCCUGCGUUUUACAGAUAAGAUGAAUUUGGAGGAGUACUUCCAGAGGAUAGGCUUCAACGGCCCCUGUGAUAAAGCGGAUCUCGCAACCCUGAUCUUGGUCCACAAGCUGCACGUCAUGUCGAUCCCUUUCGAAAACCUCGCCAUUCACUGUGGAGAGUGGAUCACCAUGGACCUGGAGGUCAUUUUUAAUAAGCUGGUGAGGAGCAGUCGUGGAGGCUGGUGCCUUGAGAACAACUACCUGUUCGGAUGGGUGCUGAGAGAAAUGGGCUUCAGCGCCACAACGCUGAGCUCCAGAGCCUUCAACAGCGUCAUCAACGACUUCGGUGCGCUCGAUUCUCACCUCAUCCACAAAGUUAUCAUCGACGGGAAGGCUUAUAUAGCCGAUGUAAGCUUCGGGGUGUCGUCACAGAUACGGGAGCCGCUGGAGCUCAUCUCUGGGAAGGACCAGCCGCAGGCAGCUGGGGUGUUUCGUCUCGUCGAUAAGGGGGACGUCUGGGUCCUGGAGAAGACCGGCAGGAGACCAGAGGUUCAGAAUCAAGAAUUUGCCAAGUCCAGCCUGGUGAACAGGAAGGAGACGAAGCAGAUCUACUGUUUUACCCUGGAGCCUCGACAGGUCGAUCAUUUCACUGACAAAAGCCAGAGGCUCCAGACAGACCCCGUCUCCCUCUUCACCAACAUGUCCAUCUGCUCCCUGCAGACACCAGCAGGGUUCAAAGCUCUGAUCGGCUGGACCUACAGUGAGGUCACCUACAAACCUGAGGCAGGGGUGGAUGUCUUGGACAUGAGGAAGAUAACAGAGGAGGAGAUCGAUGAAGUCCUGAAGGACCAGUUUAACAUAAAGCUGCCGAAUAAACUAAAGCCCGUGUGCAACAAAACAUUUUACACUCUUUGAACACACUCCGGAGAAGUUUGGAAACUAUUACCUUAACAUUUUUACAUAACAUUUGUAUAUGUAAGUUAUAAAAAUGUGCAUUAUAGAUAUAUUGAUUUUUUGCACACCUAACUCCAUUUAGAAGCAUUACUAAUAUUCAGAAUAUUAUAAAAUAAAAAAUGUGCUGAGUCAGUUGUGGGUGUUGUAAGAUAAACAUAAGGGAAUUUUAACCACAACUUUUGUAAUCUAUCAGAUUUUAAAAAAAAUUUAAUCGUGUCUGACACGUUUUUAGUGAUAUUUUAUGUUUUACAGUUGUUUUUAUUAUUUUAUGUGUAGUAAAGUGGACUAACCAUUUCAGAAUAUUUUGCCUUUUGAAAGUUUACAUGUUGACCUGCAGUGUUGUCAUGCUCCGACAGAGGGCUGUAUAAUGAGUAUUUUUAUUCUCUUGUAGACUACUAAAACAUGUAAGCGGCUGCUAAAUGUGCCAAAAACAACCCUAAUAUGAGUUUGUACGUAUAUAUUUGUGUAGCAAUGCACUGUCCAACUCCUGAGGAACCAGAAGUGAAGGACUCAAUCUGUUAUUGAACUCACCGUGUGCAUGUUUAGUCUAGAUAGAACAAAUGCCAGAAAGCAGAACCUAAACCUAAACACUGAUAUUAACCUCUCUGCUUCCAUUAUGUGUACAACUCCUCUUUUAAAUCUUGUUGUAAUAAAGUUUUAUUUUACAUGUUU